AUGUUCGGUCUGCGCUGGCUGACCUGCUGCUUUGCGCAGAACACUCCUCUUCUUGCCCCUCCGGCGCCGACUAAGGCGACCACUCAGCCCACAGCAACGGGCAAGCCGCUGGCGGCCCUCUCAGCGCUGCUUGGGUACGGCUACAAGACCGAGACUAGCGAUACAGCCGCAAACGAGGAUGAGGUGCUUCGCUCCCCUCGGCGACCGGCACUCGUCCGCAGCGACGACUCCGACAUCAGUGAGCUGGACGCCUCUGCCCUCGAGUCCGCACAGCGCGCGCGCGAGCAGGCGGAACAGGCGCGCAUCGAGGAGCAGAUCCGACAGGGCUCCGUGGCCAACCUGUACGCAAACCGCAUGUGCAAGGUUGCGCCGCUGGCGUGGUCGGCUUACCGCCGGGGAAGCGUCGAUAGCAGUGGCAUGGGCAGCCCGACGCUGAAGACGCCUGUCCUCAUCACUCCCCAGACCAGCCGCGAGUUUGAGUACGACGAGCCAGUACGCCACUCGCCCCCAUCUCCUCACGCCGAGACUGAGAGCGAGAGCGGAUCCCAGCUGCACGGCCUGGGCUUCAAGAAUCCUCCUCCCGGCUUUGGCGCCCGUUACAGCGCGCGCUACGCUGCACCGGCGCUCCCUCCUCCGCCUGUCGAUGCCGGCAUUGCCCAAAUGCUCUUCAACGUGGAGGCGCGCGAGUUUGGAACGUCUCCCAACCCCCACAGCGCCCGCUACUCUGACAGCGAGGACUCGGACGGCACUGAGCGUGGCCGCUCCCGCCGCCUCUCGCCGAUCACUGCCUCAGGAGAUGAAGUCGUGUACAAGUCGAUCGGGCUUGCUGGUCUUGGUGCGGGCAGCGCGAGGCUGCAAACGUCACUCAUGAGCUGGCGACAUUCCGAGGAACCCACCUCCCCUGCCCCACCCAGACAAUCAAUACGGCUCCUCAUGAGGCCAAGCACCCUCCAACACCCCGCUCGCUCCGAGACAAUUCAGCGCCAUCCUGGGCACUGA